AUGCAAUUGGCAUAUUUUUAUUUGCUUACUUCCUUUUUCGUUCAUUCUACAUUUACAUCGCCUCAGUUGAAAUUAUUACGAGAUAUUCUUGAGUCAUACGAUAAGAAAGUGAAACCGACUUGGGAUUUCAAAAAGCAGAUAAAUGUUACUUUCAGCAUGGAUCUUUAUCAAAUUCUGGAAUUGAAUGAACCUCAACAAUAUGUUUUGUUAAAUGCUUGGACCAUUGAACGCUGGAACGAUGAACUUUUAUUUUGGCACCCAUCAGAUUACGAAAACAUUACUGAAAUACGACUUCCACAUAGUUCAAUUUGGCUUCCAGAUACAACUCUUUAUAAUUCGCUUGUAAUGAAGGAUGAAGAUUCUCGUCGCCUCUUAAAUGCGAAAUUAAUAACCGAUGUUGAACAACAGGCUGUUCAUGUUGAACUUCUUUAUCCAACAAUCUAUAAAUUUUCUUGCCUUUUGAAUCUUCGCUUCUUUCCAUUCGAUGUUCAGGUUUGCACAAUGACAUUCUCAAGCUGGACUUAUGAUCAAACAGGCAUCGACUAUUUUGCAUAUUCGGAUAAAAUAGGCACAUCAAACUAUUUAGAGAAUGAGGGAUGGCUAAUUUUGGAGACGGCAGUAAGGCGAAAAGAAAUGAAAUAUAGUUGUUGUCCCAAUAAAUAUACUUUGCUUUAUCUGACGAUAGUUCUUCGACGAAAACCUUUAUUUUAUAUUGUUAAUUUAAUUAUUCCAACAAGCAUUAUCACAUUAAUAGCUAUCGUAGGAUUCUUUACAACAUCAUCAACAAGUGGAACGAGGGAAGAAAAAAUGUCUCUUGGAAUUACAACUUUGCUUUCAAUGUCCAUUUUAAUGCUUAUGGUAUCAGAUCAAAUGCCAACCACAUCAACAUUUAUUCCUCUCAUUGGAUGGUUCAUACUUAGUAUGAUCAUUGUUAUAUCGAUGGGUACUCUAGCAUCUGCAAUUAUUAUAGCGAUUCAGAGAAGAGGCCGUCUUGGACAACGCCUUGGACCUAAAGUUGUUCGAAUUGCAAAAUUUUUUGGAAAAUUAUCAUUUACCGAUGCUCCAUCUCAUCUCAGAUGUAGUGAGUCCAUGCUGUCGGAUUCAAAAGUAAUUUCAUCAGAUUCUGUUCAUAUAUUCAAUGAAUUAAACGAUAAACAAUCAUCGAAGAAUAAAUCAAAAUAUACACUAAAUUAUAACUAUAAAAAAAAAAGAAACCCGCAGAAACAUGCAAAUUCACCUAAUAAAUGUUUGACGGAUUUACCAGCGUCCUCCAUUACUAUGACGCGAAGUAUGUCAACAGUAUCAACAGACUUAGAACAGUCGUAUUUCAAACCUGCCUUUCAACAGGUUCUGGCAAGUACUGACGAUAGUCAAAAAUUUUCUCCACAAACAACAAACGGUGCAUUAGCUCCUGAAAUGGAUACGAAUAUUUUAAUCGACGAUAACAUAAACAAUAUAGUGAUUUUGCCUAAAUCGCAGCAGAUUAUACCGAAAAAGCCAAUUAAUUCUGCAGCUGCUCUACGACAGGAAAGGCAAUACAGCCGUGAAGAGUACGAGUGGCUUGCCACAAUAGUUGAACGCUGUUGCUUUAUAGCAUUUGUUUUCUUAUUUCUAUUUAUGACAGUUGGUAUCAAUGUGAUCGGUGUUAUCAACUGGAUCAGUGCUGACGGUCGCACAUAUAUCGAUAUGAAUGACGAUUACCAACAAAAACAAAUUUAUAUUAUUUUAAUUGAAUAUCCUUCAAUUCUUAUCGCGAACCAUAAAAAUUCCAGAUAUGACGCAAAGAAUCGUCCAGUGCUAAAUCAUACGUUGCCUCUGAAAAUUCAUUUGUCCAUGAGCCUAUAUCAAAUCCUCGAUGUGAAUGAACCUUCACAAAAUGUCGCUAUCAAUAUCUGGAUGAUACAGCUUUUAAAACAAUACAAUUUAAAAAAUCGAAUUGAGACUUGUGAAUUGAAGAGCUGGUCGGAUGAAUUACUCGACUGGGACCCACACGACUACGAAAUGAUAAACACUACCAUAGUUCCUCAUGAUGUUUUAUGGAUUCCUGACACAUAUAUCUACAAUAGUGUAAUAAUGGGCCAAGAUGAAAUUGAACGAUACACAAAUAUAAAGAUUACGAGUCGAUUUUGGGAAGGAAAAAAAGGAGCAAAUUGUUCAAUGCUUUAUCCAGCUUUGUAUAGGAUCAGCUGCAAAAUAGCUAUAAAGUAUUUUCCGUACGAUCAACAAAAUUGCACAAUAAUUAUUGGGUCUUGGACGAACAGCAGAAAAAUUCUGGAUUAUUCAGCCGAUGAAAGUGUUAGUAUGCAAGCAUAUAUCGUUAAUGAAGAAUGGGAUAUAGUCUCGUUUAAUAUUUAUAGAAAAGAACAUAAAUAUGCAUGUUGCGAUGAUCCUUGGGUGAUAAUUGAGGCAGCACUCGUCAUAAAAAGGCGCUCAUUCUACUACGUGAUUAAUCUCAUUUUUCCAACUUCAAUUAUUACGAUAGUAUCAAUAAUUGGCUUUUUCACUGCUGCUUCAACAAAUGAUGAUCGAACCGAAAAAGUGAACCUAGGUAUCACUACUUUACUUGCUAUGUCUAUAAUGAUGCUAAUGGUAUCGGACCAAAUGCCAAGCACUUCUGAUAUUGUUCCGCUUAUAGCUUGGUUUUAUCUUUUGAUAAUCGCUAUCAUAUCAAUUGGAACAUUUUUCACUUGCUUUAUUCUUUCUGUGCAUUGUCGUGGUGAAUAUGGAAAAUUACCGCCAAGUUAUGUACGAACAAUAUUUUUUCUCCAUGCGACUAGAUGGAUUUAUAUUUCAGUACCAAUAGAUUUAGUGAAAUUAUGGGACGAACUUAAUAGUGGCCCAUCAAAUUUGAAGUGGAAGAAAACAAUAGAUGGAAAGGAGGAACCACUAGAUGAGGAAAAAAAUUCAGAACUGCUGCAACAAGUUAUAUGUAAUCCUAUGAAGAAAGAUGUGGAGGAAGCAAAUGAAAUAACAUCGCAAGUGAAGACUAGCAAAACAUUACCUUCUUCACAAAUAAAUGAUUCGCUGGAAUUCGCUACAAAGUCGCCUAAAAAGUCAAAGUGGUCGAAAAUUGCAAGAAAUAUUGGUCAAACGAAAAAUAGAUCUAUUACGAAAAAAGCUGACUUAACUUCGCAAAAUCCACACAAGGAAGAUCCGAUUAGUUCGAUUGCUUUGGCACUUUCAGCUUUGUCUGAAAUAUCAAUGGUAGAUAAAGAUGAGAAAAAGACACAAGUGGUAACGAUGAAGAGGAAACGUCAAUGCAACUUAGAAUGGGAAUUUUUGGCCACCAUACUGGAUCGCCUUCUACUUAUAUUCUUUGUUAUAAUUGUAUUUAUCGUAACAUUCGGUGUACUCAUAACUGAAACAAUGGCGCAAUACCAUAUCGCACGGUAA